AUGGCACUCAAAUGCAGAAAUCUGCGCCAAAUCGCCCACGGGUGCUGCCGCUCCAUUGCGUUUGCAUACGAUUGCACCCCAUCAAGAAUAUACGCCGGCUCCAACUUGCUUCCCCGUGAGGUCUUGGCACGGUAUGUCGUCAAGCAGCGAUAUGUACACACUGGAUCAGCUCCGGGCUGGGAACGCAAGCAUGCCAAGUCACCCAUGAGAGAGGAAUGUAAUGUGAUUACGGUGCGGGCCAGUAGUGUUCUGUGGUUUCGAGAAGCGCGGCGCCGGAGACCGUUGGAACGGGACCCGUUUGAAGAAUGGGGAGAGGGGUUUGGGGCUCGUAUGUGGUAUGUCGCCAACGCACACAUUGGUGGUACCGGUUUAGUUUGGUGGACUGGAUUUGUGACGAAUGCUUAUAAUUCCUUUGUACACCAGCGAAUCUAG